GACAACGUCGUCCUGCUGAAGCUCCUGCCCAUGGGUUCCUGUCCGAGGGAGCUAAGAGGGGCGCAGAUGUUGUCAGUCAAGUCUCCAAGAGCAGGAUACGCAAGCAAGUCGAGAGAAGGAAGAGAAGGAGGGGGCGCGUCGCAUCUGACGAUCAAGGUCCGAAAGAAAGGGAAGGAGCGACUUACUCUAGUGGCAAGCCUAUCGACCAGGCAGCCGACGAGACCAGCAUCGCCGUUCAUGUUGCGCUCCAAAACGAUAAAGCUCAUGACCGUACGCGCGCGUCCUCAGUGUUCUGCGCCUCCCUCCAGCUCAAGCAGUGUGAUGACUUGGCAGAGUAUUGCGAUGGGCUUGUGUGGUUCCAGGGUCGUAGACGUUCUGUACAGCGGAGCUCAAUGGCGACGGACUACGAGCGCAAAGCCGAGGUAUCGCUGGGUCGAGAGGGCCAAUUGGUCGUCGUCGCAGUCGUCGUCGAAGAGAGGUAG